CAGAAAUCAGCCCUCUCGCGCAUUUCGUCAGCCGGAUUUUUUCUGGAUACGUUCUUCCAAUUAAUUAAAUACUUGGCUAGUGGAGAUUCGGAACAAAAUUUAGAAAAACAACUGGGUUUCAAACUCGAGAAAAUUUAAUUGCGACUGUCGUCAUUCUUUGGUUGGCGGCUCUGUCGGAAAGGGGACGGCCAUCGGGGACACGGACUUUGACGUCGUCGUCUUCCUCAAUGACCACGAACCACCCUUCGACCAGCGCGUCUUUAACGAAAUGCUCGCCGCACUGGGGACCGUGCCAGGAUUUUAUUUAGGCAGGCAGACAAGAUACUCAAUCUCAUUCCAAAUUCGGAUUAAUCGACUUACCCUGGAUUUUGACUUGCUCCCAGCGACAAAUAUGCUGGAUUACGAUAAACAUGCCGAAGACAUGGCGAGAGAACAAGCGAUCGAGGUUCGGCGUCGCAUGCAGGAUUUUGCGAACCCGUCCGCCUUCUCCUCCAGCCUGGCCGAGCAGACGAUCCUUUUCAUGAAAAACAAGCCGGACGACAUCGUCAAAGUCAUCAAGCUUGCGCGCUACUGGAAUCAGCAGAUCGAGAUUGACGAAUACGUCAAGGGGCGGAGCUACAUGAUUGAACUAGUGGCUUGCUGGGCGCAAAAGGGACAGCCGGCUUGUAACCUGUUCACCAGAUUUGUGCGAUUCUUGCGCGAAAUGGAGGACUUUUCCAACCUACGAAUAUUUUUUGGUCAUCAUUACCGCCGAUUGUCCGUCCCGGACGAGGUCUGGGAGCAGACCCCGCUGGUCAUGGAUCCCUGCAACCUGUACAACAACCUUGCCGAAGGAAUCAGCCAGAACGUGAUUGGAAUUUUUGAAUAUAGCGCCGCCCGGAGUUUGGGGGCGAUUCGGGACGGCUUGGAAAAUGUGGAAGACUUAUUUCAGGGAAGUGGGAUGGACUACGAUGAAUCGGAGUAUGGCGACGAUGACUAAGGCGUGUGGAUCUUGAAAAAAAUAAGGCUCCAUUUACAAAUAUUUAACAUUCCCGACAAUGGUUGACAAUGUAUUGACGAUAAUAGCUUUUGAAUAAAUUGAAAUAGGUAUUUGAAAAAUAUAUGCAAAGAUUUUGUCGUAUUAUUAAAAGUUUGAAUUUAAAAAAACAAAAUGUGAAUUUGAAUUUGAUAAUUUCCGUGCAAUGAUCAAUAAUCAGGGGCCGUUCAUAAAUCAUGUAAUUAAAAAAUCACCAUUUUUUAGAACCCCACGGCUCCCUUUAGCAUGUGUUGCGUAAGCACGAUAUCAUUGGAAACUUAUUAGACUCCCUUCUCCUCUUUCGCAUUACAUAAUUUAUGAAAUUUACAUAAUUGGAAUAAUUUACAUAAUCAUU